AUGCAAAAUCAAAUUGUGCUCCUUCAAUUAAAAAAAUAAUUAGAGGAAACAAUCAAAACUCAACAAUUACUUAAGAAAUUGCCAACCAAAAAAUUGGUUCAAUUUAACUCAGUCAUGUACCUAGAAGCAAAAUUACCAAAAUAAGAUAAAUGCAUUAUUUCAUUGGAAGCAGACUACGCAGCUGAAGUCUCCUUGGACUCUGCACAAUAAAUUCUGUAAAGAAGGAGAAUUAGAUUGGAAGAAAACUUUAAUAACCUGAGAGAGAAGGAGUCUUAUGAAGAAAUGCAACACGAUAUAGGAAAUAAGAUAGAUGAGGACAAGGAUUAGAGUAAAAAAAGGGUUAAAAAAUUGAUUUUAUUCAAAAAUUAAAGGGAAGAAGAAAAACUUUAAUUGAAGUAGAAACAAGAAAAAGAAAGGCUGGAAAAGGAGAGAUUAGAAAGAGAAAAAAUAGAGAAAGAAAAACAAAAACAAAAUUAAUCUAUGGGUUAAGUCACUUAAUUGGCAGAUGGCUUGGUUGAAAUAGAGGAAAAAUAUGUUUAAGAAGACGACUGCAAUGAAGCUCAAAUCAAUGAAGAAAAGCAAUAACUUCUUAAAUUGAUUUCUGAUGCUUUUUAUAAGGAAAAAUACGAUGACUACGAUAGAUAUUAACUUUAAUUGAAGGAAUUGAAUGAGAAAUUGAGUUCAAUCAAGCCUAAAACAGAGAUUCCUUAAUAGAAAGAAGCAGUUUAAGCUAAAUAAUAAUUGCCUACAAUAUAAGAGAAUGAACCCAAUGAUGACACACAAUAGGAGGAACAACCCAAAAGAAUUUCAAAGUUCAAAUAAGAUAGACUCAAACAAAAGAAAGGAUGA